AUGAGCAAGUCAGAGUUCCAAGUAAUCAUUGUCGGCGGAUCAAUCGGAGGCUUGACUCUGGCACAUUGCCUACAACGCGCCGGGAUUGACCAUGUUGUCCUUGAGAAAGCGGGCAAUCCAGCACCCCAAAUUGGGGCAUCGAUCGGCAUUUUCCCAAAUGGAGCUCUCAUUCUUGAUCAACUCCAACUGUAUGAGUUGGUCGAGAAACACAUUGAGCAUCUGAGCAUAGCAACCAUCCGCUAUCCCGACGGUUACAGCUUUCAAAGCUCUUUUCCCAAGGUCCUAAGUGAAAGGUUCGGUUACCCGAUCGCAUUCCUAGAUCGACAGAAGAUGCUUGAAAUCCUCUACCACGGCUACCCAGAUCAUCAGAAAAUCUGCCUGGACGAAAGAGUGACAAAAAUUGAACCUUGCGGUGAUACGGUUAUAGUGAGCACGGGCAACGGCUCUGUCUAUCGAGGGCACCUUGUCGUCGGCGCAGAUGGCGUCCACAGCAAAGUUCGGCAGGAAAUCUGGAACGCGGUUGAGAAGGCUGGCUCGGGAGCGGCAAUUGAGAGAUUCGGUCUCACGGCGGAAUUUCGCUGCAUCUUCGGCAUCUCCUCCCCCAUCCAAGGAUUGAUUAUAGGAGAGCAGGUGAAUGCAUUAUUUGAUGGUUUGACCAUCAUUACGAUCCAUGGAAAAAAUGGGCGCGUGUAUUGGUUCGUCAUACAGAAGUUGGAUCAGAAAUAUACUUACCCGAACUGCCCUCGCUACAUGACAGGCGACAUUGAAAUUGCAGCAGAGGAACUGAGAAGUAUAGUAUUCUACAAAGACCUCGAGUUUGGGCAACUGUGGGAGAAUCGUGAGACAGCCUCCAUGACCGUCUUGGAGGAACACAUCUUUGAAACCUGGCAUCAUGACCGGCUAGUUCUUCUGGGCGACAGUGCUCACAAGAUAACUCCUAAUAUCGGACAGGGCGCCAAUAUGGCAAUAGAGGAUGCCGCAGCUCUGGCAAAUCUACUGCAAAGAUUACGGAAGGGCUCGGGAAGUUGGCCUCCCACAGAUGGACAGGUGGAGGCUCUUUUGAAUCAAUAUCGCAAUAUUCGCCAUGGCCGCGUCAAGUCAGUCUACAAAAGCUCCCGCUUUUUGGUCCGCCUACAUGCUCGAGAUAGCUUACUUAAGACUCUUCUUGGUCGAUACUGUGUACCAUAUGCCGGCGACUUGCCGGCGUAUAUCGGAUCCAAAUCUAUUGCCGACGGGGUGAUGUGUGAUUUCCUGCCUCCCCCAAGGCGUGGUGGAGGCGGGUGGGAGAGAUAUCGGACUAAGGACUUGAAUUGGGGGUGGAUUCAAGCUACCUUGUAUAUCAUCAUCUUUACUGUUCUGUAUACAUCUAUCAACCGGUAUUGGGGUAUGGCGGUCGAGAUAAAUUGA